ACCUCCUCCAGCUCCCGUCCCCUUUCCGCCGCGUGGGUGCCAUGGCAACGGAGAGAGACUGCAACCUGGGUUCCGGAAGUCUGAGAGCUGGAGCUUUGAAGCCACCCCGGUCAAAGGAUGCUGAGUCCGGAGCGCCUAGCCCUACCGGACUACGAGUAUCUGGCUCAGCGACAUGUCCUCACCUACAUGGAGGAUGCAGUGUGCCAGCUGCUAGAGAACAGGGAAGAUAUCAGCCAAUAUGGAAUUGCCAGGUUCUUCACUGAAUAUUUUAACAGUGUAUGCCAGGGAACACACAUUCUCUUUCGAGAAUUCAGCUUCGUCCAAGCCACCCCCCACAAUAGGGUAUCAUUUUUACGAGCCUUCUGGAGAUGCUUCCGAACUGUGGGCAAAAAUGGCGAUUUGCUGACCAUGAAAGAAUAUCACUGUUUGCUGCAAUUACUGUGUCCUGAUUUCCCGCUGGAGCUCACUCAGAAAGCAGCCAGGAUUGUGCUCAUGGACGACGCCAUGGACUGCUUGAUGUCUUUUUCAGAUUUCCUCUUUGCCUUCCAGAUCCAGUUUUACUACUCAGAAUUCCUGGACAGUGUGGCUGCCAUCUAUGAGGAUCUGCUGUCGGGCAAGAACCCCAACACAGUGAUCGUGCCGACGUCAUCCAGUGGGCAGCACCGCCAACGACCUGCCUUGGGCGAGGCCGGCAUGCUGGAGGGCGUGGAGGCGUCGCUGUUCUACCAGUGUCUGGAAAACCUGUGUGAUCGGCACAAGUACAGCUGCCCACCCCCAGCACUUGUCAAAGAGGCCCUCAGCAACGUUCAGAGACUGACCUUCUAUGGGUUCCUCAUGGCUCUCUCAAAGCACCAUGGAAUCAACCAAGCCCUCGGAGCUUUGCCUGACAAGGGGGAUCUGAUGCACGACCCAGCAAUGGACGAGGAGCUGGAACGGCUGGUGGUGAGGUCGAAGCUGCACCGGACCUCACGGCAGCACAGAGCCAAGGAGCCAGGGGCCUUUGGCUUUCAGAGAAGAGAGAAGCAGGAGGCCCUGGAGAGAGUGUCCUCAGCUUCGGUACCGACGCCCUACCAUUACCGGUGGGAGCCCCGAGAGUGAGGCCAGGGUCCGGCACUGGGCAGGGAGGCAGGAUCCAGAGGACACUGCUUCACUCAGACCAACAGGGAGCAAGGCCCUGCGGGGGCUUUAUUUUGACACCACUUUGUUUCAAUACAAACAGUCCAGAAAGAAAGUCAUGUCCCUCUGGGGGAGGGGCAAGGGGAAGAGUGGUCUGUGUUGCUUGGGAGCCCAACCUACAACCCAAAGGUAGGGGCUGGGCUGAGACUGCCGGUGCGGCGGGGAAGAUGGCACCAAGAAUGACACAGUGCUUGGCUCAGAUGCCAGAGGGUGAGGCCCGCAGCUCUCACUGGCGGGUGCUGUCCAGGCCCCCAAGCCCAGAAUGAUGCAGAGGAAGGAGCUCAGCCCCAAGAGCCUGCCUCUGCCCCUCACAUCCUCUGCUUCCCUGGCCAGCAUCAAGCUCACAGCCUCCAGAGUCAAACCACAGCAGACAAGACCCUCCAUGGCCACCAACCAGGGGAUGAAGGGACAGAGAAUGUGGCAGAAGGUCCUGCGGUCCACAGAGACGGCACAGAGGCCUGAGACAAUCUUCCACGUGCUUACUGUACAAAGGGUGGCGAGACGGAGAACCCGUGGGUCUCCCGUCUGAUCCUGAAUGAAACCUUUAGGUACCAGGUAGUUUCCUGUCCUUGGUAAUGCCCAAAAGGGCCUUUCCCUCCUUCGCCCUCUCCUGGCACCCAGAAGAGGCCACUGGCAGCAGCAGCAGCAAGUCCGCAGCCUCUUUCCCCAGGGCACGGGUCUACAGUGAACUCCUUCCAGGCCUCCCCAUGGUUCCAGAGGAUGGAGACCCAAGCCCUCGAACUAGAAGAACCCUAGAGCCAGCAAAAAAAAGCCUUCUACCUUCCACUUUCCCUACUUGAGGAAAGGCUGGACCCAGAAUAAGCCAUCCUGGGGGAACCCCCUCUCCCAGUGUGGCAGGACAAGUGAGCAGCAGCUGUGGGGGCAGGACAGAAGGACAAGAGUCUAACACACGGAGGGUGGUGUGAGAGGGAAUAAAGGGCUCAGUCCACAGGCA